UAGUACUCAUUUGGCUCCAGAGGGGCAGGAGCGACCAAAAAUGGGCUUCGUCACGGCGGCGGCCGACGCGGUGGUGGCGCUGCUCUCCUUGACCAUGGCGGUGGCGGCGCCGCUGUUCGACGCCCAGGUCGUCCUCCCUCGCGGCCUCUACCCGGCGCCGCUCGUCGGCAUCCACCGGUGGUUCGCCGCCGAGUUCGGCCACUACCUCGUCGCCGACCCGCCGCCCUUCUUCCGCGGCCUCGUUUGGCUCGACCUCGCCUUCCUCUGGCCGGUCUGCGUCGCCAACCUCUACGGCAUCCUCGCGCGCCGCCCCUGGUCCGCCGCCACCUCCAUCAUGGCGGGCGUCUACGUGCUCACCUACAUGUCUGCAAUCUUCGGAGAGAUGCUGGGCUCAGGAAGAACAACACCGAAGCUGAUUCAGCUGUACGUUCCAUUCGCUCUGGCUGCUGUAACUGCAGUUCUGCGUGGUUUCUGCUCAUGCUCAGCACAGGCUACUGCUGUUGCAUCUCAUGCCCCAACUGCUCGGAAGAAAAGGCUCUAGAUCAGAUGCCAUCCGACGGGAGCGGCAGCCAUCAGUUAUGGUGUUGGCACCCAAUUGCCUAUUGGUGACCUUAAAGAUAGUUGGACCAUACAUGAGGGCAAACAAAGUAAUCUCUCGUUUUAAGUUGUCAUUUUAUUUGUUUUUUUUUCAAAUCGAUGUAUUAUGAUUCAAUGUUAAAGAGUUACUACAUUUGCCUCAAGCAGCUUACAAAGUAAUCUCUUGUUUUAAGUUAGUACCAUUUUAUUUGUUUUUUCAAAUGGCCGUCUUAACUUAAGAUACAAUGUUAAAGGGUUACUAUUACAUUUGCCUCAAGCAGCUUUGGAGCUUGGUGGUUCCCAGCCUUCAGUCCA